AUGGGGGGCGGCGAGGGGCGGGGCGGGCUGCGGACGUACCCGACGCUGCCGGUGUGGGUGGCGGAGGACCACCACCACGUGAGUCCCCCCCCCCUCGCGUGCGUCCCCGGGGGGGGUGUGAGGGUGAGCCGCCCGCCCCGGGCCUGCCUGGGCCGGGCCCCCCCUGCGCGCCGAGCCCAGGCCCUGCCUGCCUGCCUGCCUGCCGUGCCGAAGCGGGCCCUCCGGGGCCCAGCCAAGCCUGCCCCGGCUGCCCGGACCGGCGGCGGCUCUCCGGGGCCUCGAGCGGCCUUCCGCGCCGCCCCCCUGGAACCGCAGAGGAGGCCCCCGGGGAACGGGCCCGGGGACCCAGGCUCUGGGGGGAGCAGGCCGCUUCGUUUGGGUGCGAGGUGGGACACGGGCAGGACGGCCCCCCAGCCCCUGUUUUGUCCGCACAGCAGCCCUGUGCUUCCCUUCAUUUACCGAGCCAUCGGCUCGAAGCACCUUCCUGCCAGAAACAUCAGCUUUGUCCACUUGGAUUCCCACCCUGACCUUCUGAUACCGGUGAACAUGCCUGCGGAUACUGUGUUUGAUAAAGAAACUUUGUUCAGUGAGAUCAGCAUUGAGAACUGGAUCAUGCCUGCUGUUUACGCUGGUCACUUUUCACAAGUUAUAUGGCUUCAUCCAUCUUGGGCUCAGCAGAUCGAAGAUGGAACCCAUCACUUUUUAGUGGGCAAAGACACCUCAACUACUACAAUAAGGAUCACAAGCACCGAAGGCUACUUCCUGUCCGAUGGUCUGUAUGUUCCUGCCGAUCAGCUUGAGAACAGGAAACCUUUGCACCUCAGCGUCCACCUUGUGAAUCCCACCAAACCCUCUGACGACCGGGAGGAAAGCGGAGCUCUGUCUUCCGCUAAGAGGCUCAAGUUAAGUGACGAUACCACAGGCGCUGUCGUUGCCUCUUCCUCAAAAGAUGUGGAUGUGCCUCCCCUUGGCUCUUCAGAUACACAGCCUGAAGUAUUAGAACACAGUACCCAGGCGCAAGAGACGGCAGAUGGCAUCCAAGGUACCUCUGCCUCCUGCUCCUUUGGCAACCACAAUUGUCAAACCACAGAACUUGUUAAAGAUAUUCUCCGGGUAUUGCAGAAGGAUGCUGCUUACGUUCUAGAUAUCGACUUGGACUUUUUUUCAGUUAAGAAUCCUUUCAAGGAAAUAUACACUCAGGAGGAGUACAAGCUUUUACAAGAGCUUUAUAGUUUUAAGAAGCCUAACAGCAAUGCCACAGAGGAGGACUUGCUAGACUGUGUUGAGAAUCGCAUCCGCCAGUUGGAAGAUCUCGAAGAGGCGUUUGCAGAUUUAUGUGACGAUGACUCCGACGAGAUUCUGGAAAGAUGGGCUUUAAAUCCUGGGAUGACGCCUCUAAUUCCACUUGUACAUAGUCUGAAAAACCGAGUGGUAACCCCUAACUAUGAAUUGGUUCAUCAAGCUGGGCUCACAUGCGAUUACUCUGAAAUCCCUCACCACGUCAGCACCGGGGAAGAAAUAGAGGAUCUCGUACAGUCUGUGAAACAUCUCCUGAGGAAUCUUCCGAAGCCUACUCUUGUGACAAUAGCCAGGUCCAGCUUGGACGACUAUUGCCCCGCAGACCAAGUUGAGCUUAUACAAGAAAAAGUUUUGAAUGCCCUGCGCUCAGUUUAUGGCACACUGGAUGUUCAUUUAGAAUAUUUGGAAGAUUUCAGCCCUGCUGCAGCAGAUUCUUCGUCUACAGUGUGA